AUGAAACGCAAAAACGAAUAUUGUAAAAAGAAAGAAGAAUGGGCUGAAUUUGAGAAACGAGUGGGCCUUAAAAGAACCGAAGGUCGGGAGAAAAAGUCUCGUGGUGUAAAAGUUCCGAGCGAUAUAUUAGUUCAACGAAUUUCGUCAGUAGCUUCAGGUCGGUUAAAGAAAUAUGAACCAUUGGACACAAGAGAUUUUGUGCCUUUCGAAGAUUACGACGAACUAAGCAUUGACAAUAUAAAAGACGCUUGCGAACGCUUCUACAACGCUCCACAAAACACUUGUGAUAUCCUAGCGUCUGACCGAGGCCCGUCGUGUACCAGGUUUGAACAACUAAAGGGGAAAAAGGUUUUCUUCAUACGCUUUACACAACCAGAAAAUGAGAGCCAACGCAACGAUGAUAUGUCAAAGAACGAUAAUAUGACAAAACAAGCAAAGGCUGGUACGAAGUCGUCCCCAGUAAAGUCCACUUCAAGUCAUUCGCUUUGUAGCCCACGGCCACGUGCUCCUGCUACAGUCUUCCCAAAGUCUGUAUCAAUUGGCGAUUUGCUUAAAGCUGGGAAGUUGAUAAAGCCACCAAAAGCAUAUACAUUUAACUUAGAGUAUUUCGAUGUUCACAAAUGCAUUUGGGUUAACCCUAGCUUCCACCAUAAAACUUCAGGUUGA